GCGCACCGAGUUCGAAGGGGAAGCGCAGUGGCGCGACAAGUUUCAAUGGAAUCCAUUGGUCUUCCCACCCGCCAUGCCCAGCGCAACAUGCACUGUGUGCAUGCCUUUGCAAGCUCCAAUCCGUGUCUUUGAUGGUUCUGGGCACGUGUCUGGGCACGUGAGCGAUGGCCUCCAAGUUGGCAUUACCGUCAUGGCCAGAGUCACGGGUAGUGCUGGCAACAUGCUCAAGUUCCUGUCCCAAACCGAUUUGCUAGUCUUGCUGCUUGGGUACUAUUGCGACCUUCGCCGGAUGAUAGGGCAUGGACACCUGCAUGAUGCCCACAGCGGCAACAUCCUCGUUGUCAUGGACGAGGCCACGGGCGAGUACAGUUUUCGUUGGCAUGAUUUUGGCGAAUCCUUCCAGGUAACCCAGCCCCCAGCAAGGCUUGCAGAAUUAAGCAAACAUGUGGAAGACUUCUUUGACCUAGUCGUGGAUGCCGUGCGAGUUUACGACAACAUUCUGGCCACCAACCUGAUCAAAAAGAAAUCACGAUGUGCGUUCGAAAAAGUGCGCGAUGCACAAGGAUGCCUUCAAAUGCAGGCCUACGAUCUGGCCCAUGUUGUCUUGACUUCAUCGAGCCUGGACUCGAGUCAGAUCGACAACGUCUGGGGCAAAAUCUCCCAUGGUUUCCUGAGGGAGGAUGCAGAGCGACUGCAUGCAGAGAGACUCAUUUCUAUGAGGGAGGCUGCCUUGCAGUCAGGCCCCAGAGUUUGGGUGAGAGAACUGCGCUUUGUCCGGCGCUGA